UAAGUUCAUGCUGCGGAUACGACCAAACUCUACCUCUAGCGAAUAUACCGUGUACACAGUCCAUGUCGCCAGGCAUUAUACAUCACAAUGUUCUGUCCAUCAAUCAUGACGGCGUCCCAGGUGACAACAGUUAUCCGUUUGCUCCGUGAUGGCGUAGCUUUUGUUGCCGACCAUGGCCUGGUCAUCACCGACGACAAUACACUCGAUCACGUUGACACUCGCCCUCCUCAAUUUAUCCUCACUUCUCGUUCACCCGUUCCUGCUUAGCACCGCCAUCAUCUCACAUCAUCAUCGCUGGCUGUUCGGUCCCGUCACCGACUAUGGUGCUUCAGUUGUUCACUACAUGCGCCACAGGCAACCGAGAUACCGGGGAUCAUAUGCUGGUGAAGUUGAAAGGCCCAGCCCGAGUUAUAUUGUUGAUAUGCUACCACCAUACGCCCGAGUCACCAAUCCAGCAGACUCCGUACCAUCAAGACAUCUUCACUCUUCCCUCAACAAAAUCAAGCACCCCAUCAAUGUGGUACGAUGGACGCCAGAAGGCCGAAGGUUGUUAACGGCCAGUAGCAGUGGAGAGUUUACGCUCUGGAACGGCACAGGAUUCAACUUCGAAACGAUCAUGCAGGCCCACGAUUCCGCCAUUCGUGCUCUAGUAUAUUCGCACAGCGACGACUGGCUCGUCUCUGCCGAUCAUGACGGUAUUAUCAAAUAUUGGCAGCCGAACUUCAACAAUGUCGAGAGCAUUAGGGGCCAUACUGAUCCCAUUCGCGACCUUGCCUUCAGCCCCAACGACACCAAAUUUGUCACGGCUUCAGAUGAUCAAACACUCAAAGUCUUUGACUUUGCUGGCGGCUCAACGGACAUGACUCUGACAGGGCAUGGAUGGGACGCAAAGAGUUGCGAUUGGCAUCCCAGCAGAGGCCUGAUUGUCUCUGGUUCGAAAGAUCAUCUGGUCAAGCUGUGGGAUCCACGGACGGGUAGAUGCCUGACCACGCUUCACGGGCACAAAAACACCAUCACCAAAACCCUCUUCGAGAGAGUGCAAGGAAACUGUUUGGCAACAUCAGCUAGAGAUCAGACAGCUCGCGUGUUCGACCUUCGAAUGAUGCGAGACAUCGCCCUCCUCAGGGGCCACGAAAAGGACAUAUCGACAUUGACGUGGCACCCAGUCCACUCCAACCUCCUAAGCACCGGCGGCUCGGACGGCUCGCUAUUCCACUACCUCCUGGACGAGCCGAACACCGCGCCCGACGGCUCAGUCAUGCCGAUUCCGGCAGUUUACGACACCGCCGAUCCUUCGUCCGCACCUGCCCAACCCAUCUACCCGGCCCACAAGAUCCCCUAUGCCCACGACUUCGCCAUCUGGUCGCUCGACUGGCACCCGCUCGGCCACAUCCUCGCCUCGGGAUCCAACGAUCGCAUCACACGUUUCUGGUCUCGCGCAAGACCUGGCGAGGCUCCCGAGUCCUUCAACGACCGGUAUCACAUCGGCGAGGCAGCAGCCGAAGCUCAGGGCACCUGGGACCGCCGCGGCGGCCGUCACAUGCGGCAAGUCGAGGAGGAGCAGGAGCUGGAGGACGAGAUGGACGGCCUGGUGGAUCAAAAGAUGCCCAUCAAGGGGCAACCCAACGUUGGCGGCGGCGGAAUGAUGCCUGGUCUUUCUUUCCCCAGCAUUCCCGGCCUUCCUCUCCAGCAGGUUCCCAGCUCUGGCCCUGGCGGCAGCGGUUUCAUACCACCACCACCCAUCAUCCCCGGCGUCGGCGGUGCCACCGGUGUCCCGCCUCCUCUCCCCUUCCCUAUCCCCGGCAUGUCCGGUCUGCCCGCCGGUGUCGUCCCGCCGCCCCUUCCGGGUUUAGAUCUGAAGAACCCGCCCGACUUUAGCGCGCUCGCCGAAAUGAUGAAGAAGGCCGGUUAUCAACCGCCGCCGCCAGGCUCGGCUGGCGCACCGAUGCCCCCCCCCGGCAUCCUGCCCCCUGGCCUAAUCCCCCCGCCGGGCGCGGCGGGCUUCCCUAUGCCCCCUCCUGGGUUUGCGCCUCCGCCGCUGAUUCCUGGUGCUGGUGGGCCGCCGGGAGGAGCGACUCACCCCGAUGGUGGGAAUGAUCAAUAUGAUUCAUCAGGGAGGAGACGCGCGCCGUUGCCUAGUCAGGAGGAGAGUCUUAGGAUGGAGCAGAGCAAGGGCAAUUAUACGCGCGUGAGAUCGGAUAGAGAUUGUGGAGGAAACGAAAUUUGCUUUUGAUAUAUCUGCUUUUAUUAGCCAUGUUGCACAAGUCAAUAGGGUGGUGCUUGAUCACAUAAUGCUGAGAACUUUUCUUCUGGGCAGUGUAUGUGUCGGGAAAUCAAGUGUGGGGGUAGUCCUGGAAUGGCACAUGAAGAAGGAAAUCAUAAGGUGAGAGAAACAUCUAAAGGGACAAGAAAAGAUGUUAUGAUAAAACUACCAUUUGUUCGCCAAUGAUAGCGAACAGGACAAUCUUGCCGA